AUGGAUGUUUGCCAUAUCAUAUUGGGUCGCCCAUGGCAAUUUGACGUGGGGGAAAUUUUCGAUGGCAGAGCAAACACCUACACCUUCGACUGGAAGGGGAAGAAGUUACGGUUAUUACCGGAUCCCGCAGUCAAAGAAGCUACUCCUCCCGCAGACAAAGCUGCUCUGUUCGUGGUUCCAGGCAAUGCAUUGCUUAAUGCAUGGAAGGAGUCGUCUGACAUUGUGGCCCUUGUUGUCAAAGAACAGACCGCGACCGUGAACAGGACUGGGCUACCACCGGCAGUGAGUCAGCUAUUGCAGCAAUAUUCAGACGUCUGCCCUCAGGAGCUCCCAGCAGAACUUCCACCACUAAGAUCCAUAAAUCACCAAGUUGAUUUGCAUCCCGGGGCCACUCUACCCAACAUCCCACAUUACAAAAUGAGUCCCACUGAACACCGAGUAUUGCAGCAAAUUGUGGAUGACUUGCUUCAAAAACAACUUAUACAGCACAGUUUAAGUCCUUGUGCAGUCCCCGCUCUUCUUGUGCCAAAGAAAGAUGGAAGCUGA